ACUACAGUUGUGUACGCUCAGUGCUAUCUAAAAACUACAACUUUCUUUUUAAUUUCCAAAAGGAACUGUCUAAAUAGCAAUUUAAAAUGGCUGACAAGAACAAUCUAUUGCUGCUCUUCGAUCGUCCCACCGAACCCAUUUUUAUGGAGAAGGGAAAAGCGGCAGUGUUCGAUGUGCCCGAUAAGUUCCUUACGGAUCGUUAUCGUCCCAUCAGCACUGAGGUGCAGAGUCGUUUCGGUGAAAAGGCCGAGCAACGCAUUCCGGUUAGAGAAAUUUCCAUACCGGAUCUACGCGUACCCAUGUCACUGGCACGUGAUGCGCAAUUUUCACUCUUUAUUCCGGCUCACCGUCGCAUUGCGGGUCGUUUGAUUGACAUAUUCAUGGGUGUGCGUUCUAUAGACGAUCUGCAGAGUGUAGCUGUGUUUGCACGUGACCGUGUGAAUCCAUAUUUGUUCAAUUAUGCACUAUCUGUGGCGCUGCUACAUCGUCCAGACACCAAAGGACUGGAUCUGCCGUCUUUCGCGCAAAACUUUCCCGAUAAAUUUGUCGACUCCCGUGUAUUCCGUCAAGUGCGCGAAGAGGCCACUGUGGUGCCUGAUGGUUCACGUAUGCCAAUCACCAUACCACGCGAUUACACCGCCUCUGAUUUGGAACCAGAGCAUCGGCUGUGGUAUUUCCGCGAGGAUCUCGGCAUCAAUCUUCAUCAUUGGCAUUGGCAUUUGGUAUACCCGUUUGAGGCUGGUGAUCGUGCUGUUGUGAAUAAGGAUCGUCGUGGUGAACUCUUCUACUACAUGCAUCAACAAGUGGUUGCCCGUUACAAUUUGGAGCGCUUCAGUAAUAAUCUGGCACGCGUUGUACGCUUCAACAACUUGCGUGAACCCAUUGCUGAAGGCUACUUCCCUAAAAUGGAUUCGUUAGUAUCGAGCCGCGCUUGGCCACCACGUUUUGAGGAUACGAAAUUGUCGGAUCUCAACCGAGAGUUGGAUCAAAUUAAUUUGGAUGUAAGUGAUAUGGAGCGCUGGAGGGAUCGCAUCUUCGAAGCGAUAUCUCAAGGAUUUGCCACAGAUGAAAGCGGUAACCGUGUACCAUUAGAUAAUGCUGGCGGUAUCGAUAUUUUGGGUAACAUUAUGGAGUCGUCGAUUAUUUCACCAAAUCGUAGCUUGUAUGGUGACUUCCAUAACAUGGGUCAUGUGUUCAUUUCCUAUUCGCACGAUCCCGAUCAUCGUCAUUUGGAAUCCUUUGGCGUUAUGGGUGAUUCAGCCACUGCUAUGCGUGAUCCAGUCUUCUACAGAUGGCAUGCAUACAUCGAUGAUAUCUUCCAGGAACAUAAGAUCCGUUUACCCCCAUAUACACUACCAGAACUCGACUAUGAUGGUGUUACUGUAACUGGUAUACAAGUAAGUCCCGAAGGUGGACAAGCAAAUGUGCUGCAAACCUUCUGGCAGCAAUCCGAUGUUGACCUCUCGCGCGGCAUGGACUUUGUGCCACGCGGCAAUGUAUUCGCACGUUUUACGCAUCUCCAACACACGCCUUUCACAUACACCAUUAAUGUGAACAAUGAUAGCGGUGCUCAACGUUUCGGUACAGUGCGUAUCUUCCUGGGUCCCAAGACAGAUGAACGUAGACAAGGCAUGCUCUUCAAGGAUCAACGUUUGCUUAUGAUUGAAUUGGAUAAAUUCAUUGUGGCAUUGAACCCUGGUCAAAAUACUAUACGUCGCCGCUCCACCGAGUCCAGUGUCACCAUACCCUUCGAACGCACUUUCCGUAAUUUGGAUCAAAAUCGGCCAGCCGCCGGUAGUGCCGAUGAGCUCGAAUUCAACUUCUGCGGCUGCGGUUGGCCCAAUCACAUGCUCAUUCCAAAAGGUUUGCCCGAAGGUUUGGAGUGUGAGCUGUUUGUUAUGGUAUCCAACUACGACCAAGACAGGGUCGAACAAGAAUUGGUGGGCACUUGCAGUGAUGCCGCUUCAUACUGUGGCGUACGCGAUCGUUUAUACCCUGAUCGUCGACCCAUGGGAUAUCCAUUCGAUCGCCUCUCUCGUGCUGGUGCUGACCGUCUCGUAAACUUCCUCACUCCAAACAUGAGCAUCGUAGAUGUGGUUGUACGUCACGACAACCGCGUUGUCCCACGUGCUGCUUAAACCAUUUUCAAGAACGAUGAUGACAUUUUUGGUACCCUGUGAAUUAUGACAAUAUUACAACAAUUUUUAAAACAAAUUACUUCCUAAAAAUUACAACACAUCUGUAGAGAAAAUAAAAUGACGUUUUGUAUAGCCAAA